UAGAUUGUGGUAUAGGCAGUCUUGUUUUUGUAUCUAGAAUUCUAGACUGUCCUAUAGAUAACCAUUUUUAUGGUUUAUAUAUUUAUUAUGAAAAUUAAAUAUGAACAACCUACCCCUAUCCAGUUUCACAUAUAAUAUUCUCUUUUAAUCAAUUACAAAAGAGUUCUUCCAGCAAUACAGUGGAAAUGGAAAGUUCCUACAGACCUUUAAAGUUUAAAAUUCGGGUAGAUAAAUUCUAGAAUACUUAGGAUAUGGCAUAAAAUUUGCAUUUACAAUGGCGUGGGAUUAAUUAAACCGAAAGUGUAGUUGAUUGAUAAUGCACCUAAUACAGUACUACACAGUUCGCUUGCGAAAACACAAUGCAUUUUUUUAUUAUUGCAACUAGACACGGAUUAAUUCUAGCAUUUCUCUGCGUUAUUAUAGUAUUAAUUGUGAUAAAUUUCUUGUCGCAAUACUCACCAGUGUUUCAAAUUGAUCGUACCAUAGCAAGACACAAAAGUCAUCAAUUUAACAAACAACUUCUACUUUCCCAAAUUCAUAAUGUGAACAUAGUGAAAAGUGAUCUAGUCAAUGUUUUCCAUAGCACUGAUGAUAUAGAUGAAAACAAAAGGAAGCACUGUGAAGUUGUACAUGUAGGAGUAGUCUGUAGCGGAUACAAAUCUAAUUUAUAUUUUCACACAAUGCUUAAAUCUUUUUAUUUCCACUCGAAUAAUCCAAUUCAUUUUCACAUUAUGGCUAACAAGAUCUCGAAGAAGGUGCUAAAGACAUUGUUUGACACAUGGGCUGUUCCUCAAGUUACCGUAACUUUUUAUAAUAUAUCAGAGUAUGUCGCGGAUGUGCGAUGGGUUCCCAAUGGCCAUUAUUCGGGAAUUUACGGAUUAUUAAAGUUACUGUUUCCCAAGGUGGUACCGGUGGCUGUGACGAACAAAAUCAUUGUGCUGGACACAGAUUUAACAUUUGUCGGAAAUAUUUACGAGCUUUGGAGAGAGUUUGAUAAAUUUGAAAAGAAACAGGCUGUGGGACUGGUUGAAAAUCAAAGCGAGUAUUAUUUGGGAAAGUUCUUUUCAUCACCGUGGCCUGCUGUUGGAAAAGGUUUCAACACUGGAAUCAUCCUGUAUUACAUAGACAGAUUGAAGAAUUUGGAUUGGGAAAAGCUAUGGAUUCGUAACGCGAAAAAAACAGCAUCGAUCUUUGGAGCCACUCGACUUGCCGACCAAGACAUCAUGAACUCUGUAAUUAAGCAAGAUCCAAAUAUCGUGUAUCGUGUACAUUGCGCAUGGAAUGUUCAGUUAAGUGACCAUACCCAAAGUCAGGAAUGCUACCAGAAAUAUCCCAUCAAAGUCGUCCAUUGGAACUCGCCCAAGAAAUUCAAUGUGAUCAAUCCAGACGGCGAAUAUUUUAGAACUUUGUAUAGAACAUUUUUAGAUUUAAAUGGAGAUCUAUUAAAACGACAGCUAUUCAACUGUGAACCUAACUCAAAAAAUGUCACGGAACCACCAAUUGAUGUCUGCUCGGAUUUUCGGAAAGCUUCAUUCCAAAAAUGGAGGACCCUACUAUUCUUUCGCGAAUACAGUUACGCCCCUGUGAAGGACGAUGUAACCAUUUUAGUGCAACUAUCAUUUGAUAGGCUGCAACUUGUCGAGGAACUCUGCAAGUAUUGGGAGGGUCCAGUAAGUCUCACUUUUUAUGUAACCGACACCGAACUCCAACAAACGAUAAAUUUCAUUGAAAGUUCCGAUGUGUUGAAGGACAGGUCGGACAUAGCCUUUCAUGCAGUUUUUAAAAGUGGAGAUUCGUAUCCAAUAAAUGAGUUGCGAAACGUGGGAUUACGACAGAUUACAACCCCUUAUGUCUUCUUGGCUGAUGCUGACUUUUUGACAAUGCACGAUUUGUACUCUAAUUUAAAAGACUACAUUAGUACGUUCAGCAGUAUGUAUAAGAAGGCUCUUAUAGUGCCAGCUUUUGAAAGCCAAAGAUAUCGAACUAGUUUACCAAAAAAUAAGAAGGAAUUAUUACAAAUGCUAAACAAUAAAUCUGUGUAUACAUUCCGCUAUGAUGUUUGGCCGAUGGGACAUUCGCCGGUCAAUUACCAAAAAUGGAAGACGGCCUCAACACCAUAUAAAGUCAAGUGGCAGCCCGAUUUCGAACCUUAUAUUGUCGUACGCGCCAACGUAACAGAGUACGACAGAAGAUUCCUAGGGUUCGGGUGGAAUAAAGUUUCGCAUGUGAUGGAGCUUGAAGCUCAAGGUUACGAUUUUAUCGUUUUACCAAACGCUUUUAUUAUACACAAGCCACAUGCCCCCAGUCACGAUAUUGGAAAAUUUCGACAUUCGUCAAUUUACAGAAUGUGUUUGCAAAAUUUAAAGGAGGAGUUUGUUGAACAACUCAGCAGGAAGUAUGGGCGAUUUUUUGAUAAUAAAAAUGUGUCAUUAGCUAUUGGUUCCUGAUUUUUUUCACCCAUUAUUUGAAUGUGAUUGUAAAAAGACACACUUGUCUCUCUUUUAUAUUCUUAUAUUAUUUUUUUACUACUGCCUCGUUAUUUGGUAAGAGCAAAGAGUACUAACUAUACAGUAUUCAAUAAAUAGGCAUUUAUGAGAACAUUUUUCUCAUUCAAAUACAGGCCGCUGUAACUACAGUUACUAGCGCAUGAAGUAUUACAUUAAUUUUGCUGUAGGUACCUAUCUCAUGUUGAAUCAUGUUGAAUAUUUAUUACUCUUUGGUAGUGGCUACAUUUUUGCUUUUAUAUAAUAUAUGUAUGCUCUAAUAGAGCUCUCUCUCUUUUAUAUAGCUACAUCAUACAACGUGUGUGAGAGGUUGAUUUUAUUGUAAAGAUGAUUGCUUGGGGAAAAUAUUUAUUGUAUUAUUUGUAUUGAACUGAUUGUGGUUUUGAGAGAAUUGGUGCAUUUUUAAGAGAAUUUGCAUGCAGAGGUAGGUACAUGUUGUUGUGAGUGUGGUUUGAGAUAAUAGAUUCUGAUAGUGAAGGAUAAUCUGAUCCUUUCCACCCUGGAACUCAAUUUUUCUAAUUAUAACUUGCUCAGAGUGUAACUACCUUCAAGGUUCAACGUGAAAUCGCAUGAGAUGUGAUUCUAAAAAGUACAUUUUUGAUUUUAGCUGCAUUCUUGUUUUCAGAUUAAUAAAUAAUUGUCCGUAAUUAACGCAACUUGCGGUGCAAAAUAAUUCUUAACAAAGAUAAAUAACAGCUUUGAGAUUUCAGACGUGAACACUAUCAGCAUCUAUUGGUUUAAAAGGUAGUAAUGGUGACUGAUUAAUGCUAGAAUUUGACAUAAGUAGGUAUCAUCACAUAUCUUUUAAAAUGGUGAUAGGAAACAUUAUAUUAUUUUGUGAGACAAUGACAUUUAAGUAGGUAACAGUGAAGUAAUAUUAAAAUUAUGAAAGUUUCAGUGAUUUUUGAGAAACAAAAUUACAAGUGUAGUACAAUACAUUAGUAUACUUUGAGUAUUUAUUUUCUCUAUCUAGCUACCAGUAGACAACUACAAACUUCAGGGUUUUACAUAAUUAUAUCUAGUACUGUAGAAUUAUUGCAUGUUUUACAAUAAAAGUUUUGUUGAAUAUUUA